UGUUAGUCAUGGCUGCGGCUUUGUGGGUGUUUGUUUGACGAUUUAUUUUCUAAAAUAAUAAUUUAUCUCCAUUACAUCAUGGGAACUUACGCAAAAUUUGUUUCUGAUUAUUGUAAAUCCUGGGAAAAAUCAGGAAAAGAACAAUUUAUAAAGACUGUGACACAAUACAUAAAAGAUGACGAUAAGAGUCCCCUGUUCACCAAGUCAGGAAAGCUGUCGGGUGUAUCUCAGAGCAUGUACGACCUGUUGCUCAGUGGUCUCAGGGGCACUUUGAAGAAGGAUGCAGUUCUAUCUGUUCUUAGAGAUAUCACUGCACUUCAUGCUGAUGUACCAUCAAUAUUAUUAGAUGUAGUAUGUGUGCUGGAUGCAGAGACAUGUACUGAUGUUCACAGUGAAGAGCGCAUGAACUUCUGCUACAUUGUCAGAGAGCUGGAGUCUUUUAUGUCUGACAAACUAUUGAAAGAGAGAUUAGAGAUUGAUACUCUGCAAGAUGUAGGCACUUUAAAAAACAAAAAUUUUUAUACCAAAUUCAUUAAAAUCAAGACUAAGUUGUAUUAUAAACAACGUAAAUUCAAUCUAUUCAGAGAAGAAAGUGAAGGAUAUGCUAAGUUAAUUGUGGAAUUAAAUCAAGAAAUAAGUGAAGACACAGAAUGGAAAACAAUAUUGGAGAUUAUUCAGUCUCUUAUUGGUUGCUUUAAUUUGGAUCCAAAUAGAGUUCUAGACAUAAUAUUAGAGUCCUUUGAAGCUCGACCAUAUCUGGACAAACUGUUUAUAUCACUCAUAAAAAACUACAUGGGUGACCCACAAGUAAUAUCAGAAGUUUUGGGCUUCAAACUUGGAAAUAUGGAAGUGUUGGAGAGUUACAAGGAACCACCACCAUUGAUGACUGUUAUAGCUUUAUUGUUACAACAUCAAGUUAUAUCUUUAGAUGAUAUAUAUCCUUGGCUAAGGCCAGAUGAUUCAAUUAUGGCAAAAGAAGCAGACAAAGAGAUUAAAGCUGCACAGGAUUACAUUCGCAGGCUCAAUAUAGUAUCUACCAAAGGACCUCAAGUGAACGGACCCGCCGAAUAUAUUGAAGAAAAAGCUGAUCCCCAGGAAUACUGGAGCAAUCAGAAACUAGUAUUAAGUGAAGCACUGUUGAAAGUGACCGCGUGGCGCGAGUUCGCUGCACUGGCGGCGCGUCUACCGACUUCAGUAAUGCCACCUAGGCCUGCCUUGGCCCUGUGUAAUAUGCUACAUGCUAUCGUUGAACCACUCUACAGAAACCACUGUAGAGUCGCACCGAAAAUCAUAGGCAAGCCAGUUCCGCCUCUGAAGUCGAGCUUAGCGCCACGCGCAUGUAAAACCUUCGAAGAUUUGAGAGAAACAGUCAUUCCAGCCCUUAUCCUAUUGGGGCCUUCCCUUCAUUAUGAUCCUAUUUUGAUGUAUAAGAUAGUCCGUAUCCUGCGGACAUCGCGUGGCUUGUCAGAGGACCCGCUCCACUAUGACGCGCUGACGGUUCUUGACGCCGCCAUACUGCCCGCCCUCACGCUCAUGGAGGGUAACUGCUGCAUGGCUGAGGAGGUCUACACCUUGCUUAAGCUUUAUCCUUACCAAUGCAGGUACUGUCUGUACUCCCGCUGGAAGAACGAGUCAGGUGAGCGCAUCCCGUCUUUGAUACGUGUGCGCGGCAACUCGCUGCAGCGCAUCAAGCACAUUAUGAAGCGCGUCUCGAAGGAGAACGUGAAGCCUCAGGGUCGGCUCAUCGGCAAGCUUUCCCACGCUGCGCCCGCGUUCUUGUUCGAUUAUAUGCUUUUACAGAUACAAACAUACGACAACCUGAUAGGGCCGGUGGUGGAGUCCCUCAAGUACCUGACGUCGCUGUCGCUGGACGUGCUGGGCUACUGCCUGCUGGAGGCGCUGUGCGCGGGGCGCGGCGCACGCGGCGCGGCGCACCCGCCGUGGCUGCAGGCGCUGGCAGCCUUCGCCGGCGCCGCCUUCAAGAAGCACAACAUCGAGCUCACUGCGCUCUUGCAGUUUGUCGCCAACAGACUGAAGGCUCAACAGAGCCAAGAUUUACUGAUAUUGAAGGAGAUUGUGCAAAAAAUGGCGGGUAUAGAAGCCGUUGAAGAAAUGACGCCCGAUCAAUUAGACGCGAUGGCUGGAGGGGAACUGCUGAAAGGAGAGGCCGGGUAUUUCUCGCAAGUGCGUAACACCAGAAGAUCAUCAGCUCGUUUAAAAGAAGCGAUCGUUGGAAAUAAUUUAGACAUUGGACUGUGCAUUUUGUCUGCUCAACAACGACAUAGCUGCGUGUGGACAGAAAUCGAGGAUGAAAGCCCGUCGAGUGGCGAGCCCCCGGGGUCGCAGCUGAAGGUAGUGGGCCGACUGGCCGACCAGUGCCAGGACGCGUUGGUGCAGCUCGGCACAUUCCUCGCGUCUUCUCACGCGCCUGAUGAAUAUGCUGCGAGAUUACCGCCGUUACAGGAAUUACUCCGUGACUAUCACGUGGAUGCCGACGUGGCAUUCUUCCUCCAUCGUCCAGUAUUAGCGCAGAAGAUAGCCGCGCGAAUUGAAUCGCUGCGAAAAAGUUCGGACAGUAAAUCAGAUAACCAGGAGAAAAGCGUUGAGAGGUACACGACGGCUUCAAAAGAAGUAUUGGAGCCAGUGCUCGUUGCCAUUUCGCCGUUACUGCCCUCUAAAGUGUGGGAGGACAUUUCGCCCGAAUUCUACGUUACUUUCUGGUCAUUGUCUAUGUACGAUCUCAAAGUGCCGGAAGAGAGUUAUGAUAGAGAAAUCGAUAAACUAAAAACCGUCGCCUCCGCGACUGCCAAGGACACGUCUCAGGGCACUAAAGGCAAAAAGGAAGUUGAAAGAUACAAUACACUCAUCGAUAAACUACAGGAGGAGCGGCGCCGGCAGCAGGAGCACGUGUCGCGCGUGUCGGCGCGGCUGCAGCGCGAGUGCGCCGGCUGGUUCCCGGCGCGCGCCGCCAAGUCGGCCAAGAACGAGACGGUGACGCGCCUCAUGCAGCUGUGCCUGUUCCCGCGCUGCGUCUUCACCGCCGCCGACGCGCUCUACUGCGCCGAGUUCGUGCACACUGUGCACGCCUUGAAAACUCCCAACUUUUCCACGUUACUAUGCUAUGAUAGGUUGUUCUGCGAUAUAACGUACUCGGUGAUGUCGUGCACGGAGGGCGAGGCGGCGCGCUACGGCACGUUCCUGUGCAAGGUGCUGGGCACGGCCAUGCGCUGGCACGGCGACAAGGCGGCCUUCCACCGCGAGUGCGCGCACUACCCCGGGUUCGUCACCAAGUACCGCGUCUCCAACCAGUUCACGGAGGCCAACGAUCACGUCGGAUACGAAAAUUACAGGCACUUGUGCCACAAGUGGCACUACAAGAUCACGAAGGCAAUGGUGGUGUGCCUGGACUCAGGCGACUACGUGCAGAUCCGCAACGCGCUGAUCGUGCUGAUCCGAGUGCUGCCACAUUUCCCCGUGCUCGCCAAGCUGGCGGCUAUCAUUGAGAGGAAGAUUGAGAAGGUGAAGGAGGAGGAGAAGACGCAGAGGCAAGAUCUAUUCGUAUUGGCAACAGGGUACAGUGGACAACUGCGCAACAAAGUUCCACACAUGAUGAGAGAAAAUGAUUUCCAUCAAGUGGUGCAGCUGCCGGCGGUGGACAAGCACAAGCCGGCGGCGGCCGAGCUGCCCGCAAAGCACGACCCCGAAGCCGCCGCCUCGCCGCCGCACGUCAUGGAGGUAGAAAAACGUGAAACAAGAAACAGUGACAGACGCCGCGACGAUUCUGAUCGCGAGAAGGAGUCUAAACGCGAACGAUCAUCUAUGAAGGAAAAGGAAAGAAUUAAAGAGGAAAUUAGAAUCAAGGAAAGGUCCCCAAGGGAACGAUCGCACAGGGAAGAACGAUAUUUGGAAUCAGUCUCCCCGCCACACGAUCAUCGUCAUCAACCCGAUGAUAUUGAACGAGAAGUAAAACGUCGUAAAGUAGAAAGCAGCGGUAAUGGCAAGGGUAGCAAAGAGGUCGAAGAACGUUCUCCUGAAAAAGAAAAGAGAAAGGCUAAACUCAGAGGUGAUGAACGUAAAGAGCGUAAGAUGAGUCGCAAGAGGGACAGGGCGGAAGAAUCUACUAUUUUAGAACAAAAGCGCCGUCGCGAUGAACAGAAAGUUGUAUUAAAAAUGGGUGGUCACCAGAAUGGCUCGCAGGAGGACCAUCAUUAUGAGAAAUACCAUAAAAGGGAAAAAUCGCCGUUCCGGGAUCGGUCCCACGAAGAAGCGAGAGACAAACACAGGCGGUCUAAUGAAUCUAAGAUUAGAAGAUAAGAAGAAAACGGCAAGUUGAAGAAGAAAGUGCGUACCUAACAAAUAGUGAAGUUAAACUUUCAGUGAUGAAUGUUGUACCUAUGAAUUAAAAUAUUGUACUUCUAA